ACCGGAGAGGGAGUUCCCCGGAAACAAGAUUUUCCAAAGGGCGGUUUGAGAUUUGAAAAACUUUACUUCUUUUAGUUAAAACCAGGUGGUUGAGUUGAGACUUGGUGAGUGGAAACCUCUUAUCGUUGACCAAAGAGGAAAGCCGGUAUUUUCAAACCCUAUCUCGAAAAUCGUGCCUGGAAGAAACUCUCUCUCUCUCUCUCAACGAUUGCCACUUAAGUUUAUUUUGUCAAAACUCUUUUAGGAAUAUUUAAAAUACUAUAUAUAUAUAUGGUGGUACAUAGAUACAAGUUCACAAAUUUCCAAUAUCAGUUUUUGGGCUACUCUCAGAGCUAGGUUAAGGUGUCUCUAUAUAUCUCUAAGAUAUGAAUCAACUAUGUUUCAGACUUGGGAUUUGACGAUGACUCUUCUUCACAUUCUACUAAUUCUACUUCUUCCUCCUCCUUGAACCUGUCUACCCCAAGAACAGUCCAUUAUGGGUGAAGAUGAUAUCGUGGAGCUCUUAUGGAAGAGCGGCCAUCUUGUUCGAAGCAGCCAGGCACAGAGACCCUCUCUUCCUCCUCCUCCUCCUGUUCUACGAGGCAGUGGAAGUGGCAGCGGCGGUGGCGGUGGAGAAGAAAGUGCUCCGCUUCCACCACCGCCUCCGCCUCUCUACACUCUCCAGCAACCGUCUGAUCAGAAUCUUUUCAUCCGUGAAGACGAAAUGGCGUCUUGGCUUCACCAUCAUCCUCCCCGCGAAGAAGAUGAGUUCAGCUCCCAACUUUUCUACUCAGGUCUAGUCACCACCCCAUUUACUCAGCCGCAGGGCUCCGUCUCUCUCACACAGCUACUACCGUUACAACCACCGCCAGCAGCAGCAGCAGGUAGUGCUAUUUACACUCCAACGCCGGCGGAGAGACCGAUGGGUCAGGUUAUAGCCGAGAGAAGGGCGGAGAACUUCUUCAACUUCUCGAGGCUAAGAGGGGACCUACAUACAAGCGGUGGAGUCGAAGUAGCAGCUGCACCGUGGGUUCCGGUGGUGGUUAGAGAUUUGACGCAGGUGGGAUCAAGCGCGACACCGUUGUCUUCGGCGACGACGGAGUCAUGUCUGACACCAGCGAUGGUCACUGGCGGAGUCGCGCAGACUUUUGCAGUUCCCAGAGCGGUUGAGAUGGUUUGCGAGAUCACCGGACCAUCUUCUUUUGUGGUCUCAAAGGUCGAAACAAAGCAGGUUCAGAUGCAACAAGCGACGGAGACGGAAGCUGCCGAAGAGAGGAAGAGAAAAGAGAGAGAAGAACCCGUUGACGAUACCGAGGUGAGUCAGAGAGCACCGAGUGCGCAUGUUAGUCACUUGCGCGUGCAGUUUAGCAAGUCUCAAAGGAAACUGGUGAAGAAGCUCGUGGGUCAACAUCUAGGAAGAGGUCAAGAGCUGCAGAAAUGCAUAAGAGCAUCAUUAUCCUAG